AUGGACAUGGCUGCAAAACCCCCGGCUUUCGAUGUCUCCCCCACGCACAUCGUCGCGACGCUCUUCUACAAAGCCGACUCCCCCCACUACUUUCCCCACCCAGAUCUCUCGCCGCGUAGCCCCAACGACGCCAUUCCUUCUGCUUCCCUAGAAUCCCUCAAGGACGGCGCCGUGCCCACCGACAACCUCGAGGAUUAUCCGCUCGAGCCACCAACACCAGGCCCCAAUGCGCUCGACAACCUCUACGGAAGCUACAUCAGCCAGAGCUGUCUAACCGACUUCUUCAUCACCCUCACAAACAUCAUACCAGGCCUCCAGCAAAGCACAAUCACGAGCCACAAGCUCGAGACCAGCAAGUUCUGCAGAGUCGCCGAGGUCAACUUCCCUCUCCCGUCUGCCUCUCCCGUCACACUCGAGACGUUGCGGAGACAUGAGGCCGUGUCCAGAUACGAGCGCGAAUGGAAUGUCGAAUGUGUCUUCCAAGCGGACACCAUAUACCGCCGCUACAAGAGGUUAGCUGUGUUUGAUAUGGACAGCACCCUCAUACAACAGGAGGUCAUCGAUGAGAUUGCCUCGAUGAUCGGUGUGGAGAACGAGGUUUCUGCCAUCACCGCUGCCGCCAUGAACGGCGAUUUAGAUUUCGAGGCCAGUCUGCGGGCCCGCUGUAAACUCCUCAACGGUGUACCAAGCACCGUCUUCGAGACACUGAAGCCAAGAAUCACGCUCAACGAGGGCGUCAAAGACUUGAUAUGCGCGCUGAAGAGACUGGGAUACAAGACCGCUGUGCUCAGUGGUGGUUUUACGCCACUAACUGGCUGGAUGGGACAGCAGCUGGGUCUGGACUAUGCGUUUGCAAAUCAUCUCGUGGUAUCCGAGGAUGGAGCCACGCUGACCGGCGAGUUGACUGGUGAAAUCGUUCACGCGCAGAAGAAGAGGCAACACGUCCUCGAGAUUGCCGAAAAGGAAGGCAUCCUGCUCGACCAGGUCAUCUGCGUCGGUGACGGGGCGAACGACCUACCUAUGAUGGGCGUCGCAGGCCUUGGAGUAGCCUUCCAUGCCAAGCCGACGGUACAGAUGAAGGCUCCUGCACGUCUCAACUCGAAAAGCAUGCUCGAUCUGUUAUAUCUCUUUGGCAUAUCCAAGGAGGAACAAGAAGCAUUACUGCGUUAA